AUGGACGCGUCGCGGGGUAUCGGCACCUUCGGGGUUUGGGACUACGUGGUGUUUGCCGCCAUGCUGGCCAUCUCCGCGGUCAUCGGCAUCUACUACGCCUUCGCGGGGAACAGCCAGCACACCUCCAAAGAAUUUCUGACGGGUGGUCGCAGCAUGAACCCUGUGCCUGUGGCGUUGUCCCUCACCGCCAGCUUUAUGUCAGCCGUCACCGUCCUGGGCACUCCCACCGACGUCUACCGUUUUGGAGUCAUAUUCAGCCUCUUUGGCAUCACCUACUUCCUUGUGGUGGUCAUCAGCGCGGAGGUCUUCCUCCCGGUGUUCUACAGAUUGGGAAUUACCAGCACUUACGAGUAUUUAGAACUUCGAUUUAACAAAUAUGUUCGUCUCUGUGGAACAAUUUUCUACAUUGUUCAAACAGUUCUAUAUACUGGAAUUGUUAUUUAUGCUCCUGCCCUGGCUUUGAAUCAAGUCACAGGACUUCAUCUGUGGGGCGCUGUGGUAGCUACAGGGGUGGUCUGCACAUUCUACUGCACACUGGGCGGCCUUAAAGCGGUUGUCUGGACAGAUGUUUUUCAAGUUGGGAUCAUGUUGGCUGGAUUUUUGUCUGUGUUUAUAAGAGCUACGGUGGUUCAAGGUGGAAUCAACACUAUUCUAAAUGAUGCCUAUAAAGGUGGAAGAUUAAACUUCUGGAAUUUUGAUCCUAACCCUUUGCAAAGACACACAUUCUGGACAAUUAUUAUUGGAGGGACCUUCACAUGGACCAGCGUAUAUGGUGUCAACCAAUCCCAAGUGCAGAGAUAUAUUGCCUGCAAAAGCAGAUUCCAUGCAAAACUGUCUCUCUACAUCAAUCUCGUGGGACUCUGGAUAAUCCUUAUCCUCUCAGUGCUUUGUGGGCUCGCCCUAUAUUCCAGGUACCAUGACUGUGACCCUUGGACAGACAAGAAAGUGUCUGCACCAGAUCAGCUCAUGCCUUAUUUGGUACUGGACAUUCUGCAAGAUUAUCCAGGACUUCCUGGACUUUUUGUGGCCUGUGCUUACAGUGGAACAUUAAGCACAGUGUCCUCCAGUAUUAAUGCCUUAGCAGCAGUGACUGUGGAAGAUCUAGUCAAACCUAACUUCAGAUCUCUUUCAGAAAGAUGCCUCUCUUGGAUUUCCCAAGGAACUAGUGUACUGUUUGGAGUCCUGUGUAUUGGAAUGGCUGCACUCGCAUCACUAAUGGGAGGUGUGUUGCAGGCAGCAUUGAGCAUAUUUGGCAUAGUUGGUGGACCACUUCUGGGCUUGUUUGCUUUGGGCAUUUUGAUUCCCUUCGCCAACUCAACUGGUGCGCUUACUGGCCUGCUGGCUGGAUUUGUCGUUUCUCUUUGGGUUGGAAUUGGAGCUCAACUUUAUCCCCCACUUCCUGAGAGAAGUAUGCCACUAAGCCUUGAAACCUAUGGCUGUAAUAGCACACACAAUGGAUCAAAUUGGAUGACAACCACAGAAAUUCCAUUUUCUACUAGUGCUUUUCAAGUAAACAAUGUCGUAAGGACUCCACUGAUGGAUAACUGGUAUUCUUUAUCAUAUUUAUACUUCAGCACUCUUGGAACUUUGAUAGCAUUAUUUGUGGGAAUGCUUGUCAGUCUACCAACAGGAGGAAGAAAACAAAACAUAGACGGCAGAUUUCUAUUAACCAAAGAGGAUAUUUUAUUCAAGUUUGACAUUUUUAAGAAAAAGAAGCAUGUUUUAAGCUAUAAAUCUCAUACAGUAGAAGAUGGUGGAACUGAUAAUCCUGCUUUCAACCACAUUGAAUUGAACUUAACAGAUCAAAGUGGCAAGAUCAAUGGGACUCAUUUGUGAAGCAGCCGUAAUACUAGAUGAUCGUACAGUAUCCUAGUUUUACAUGUUUUCUAACAUAAUUGGAUCAGGUUUAGACUUUUUUUUCCCCCCCUAUCACGAGCGUAUGGGGGGACACUUUUGGGGGGAUAUGUUUUUGUGAAAGUCCUGACUUUUUCACUUAACUACACUUAUUAAUCAAUGCUACUCUGAAGUUAAGAGUUUCAGCAUCAGCAUUUCCAUUUCUCUUUUAUUACCUUAAAGCUGUGAUUGUGAAAGUUAUGACUACAUAUAUGCGCUGAAAAGGCUAAUACACACAUACUUGAUGGUCAUAAGCAUAUUAAAUUCAGGCAUUAUUACAAAUAUUUACCAAGCAUUUGGUGCUAUCAUAUAAGUUUAGAGGCUUGCCAGAAUUGUACCUAAUAUCAAAAAGAGCUUUUCUCCCUCCUACUACAUACUCUGUUCUUAGGGAGCAAUGAGGCGACCCACCUGUGUUGUGUAUGUCUUUGCAUCUCAUCAACCCUAUUAGCCCAGGGCACAUAUUAGCCUUGGAACAAAUUCUGGCUCAAGAAUGAGGUAAGCAUCAUGUUUAAGACAGAACGUGGGCCCAAUGAUCAAGGUCUUGGUUAUAUGCAUCUAUUCUUGUGCUUUUUUGCUUAUUUUCUAAGGUUCCUGGCUACUGGCUGCUUAUAUUGUUUUUCUUCGACUCUGGUUCCUAUCUGCAUUCUUAGUUUCCGACCCAUCAACUUUGAUUUUGUUGUGCACUUUACCUUUACUUGCCUUUCUAAUUUCCUGUUUAUUGUCUUCGGCAUGCACAUGUCUUAGACACCCUAUGUGAAUCAUGCUAACCCAUAUCCUGGUUCACUAAGCCCAAGCCUCUACAUUAUAAACAGCCAUGAGCCUGAUACUGACUAAAGUACUUUCAACAUAGGUACUCAUGGAUUUGGUGAUCCAAGAACAUUUACAUCAUUUAAAUGGUUAAGUUUCAUGGAGUUAGAUGAUUAUAUUGAAUGCUAUUAAGUUGUAUUUUUGAAUGUCAACUACUUUGCAAUCAAUUAAAUUUAAUGGUACAUAUACUUAGAAUUCUUGAAUUCUAGUAUAGUCACCUAGUUAAAGAGCUAAAUUACAUAGGCAAACACUAUUAUUUUUAUUUUCUAUUCUGGAAUUACUAAAUAUAUGCUUCGUUUCAUAUUAUAAAAUUUCAAGUCUCAAAGUUUAUUUUGUUUAUUUUGCUUUGAUAAGGCUUUCGUCAAUAACUUUUUUUCUGUAGUACCCACAUUAGAUUUUGUUUAGAGGUUUUUUUUAGCUUUAUGAUGUUUUAAAAUAGUAAUUUAAGAAAUACUUAGGUACAUUAUAAUAUUUUAUAAUUACAUAAUUUUUUGCUUAUUUUCUGAUUUUUAGUUAAUCAUGCUCUGUACAUUUAGAGGUUGCCAAUUGAAAACAUUAAGAAAUAAAAAAUAGGAAGUAGCAUUUAUCUAAAGCAAAGAGAUUUAUAUAGUUUAAAUUAGCCAUGUAUUCAUAUAUUCAUAUGUGUAUGGAUGUUAUUUUUAAUUAAUGUAUUUGUAAGCAUACAUCGAACUUUGUAAAUCUUUCCAUAAUGUUUUAAUGAGUAAGAAGAUACAAUCUUAUUUGUUUUAUGUGAGUGUGAUUUGAACUAUUGUUAUUUAUUUAAUAAUUUUAAAUGCAUAAAUAUGUAGAAUUCUUCAAUUUUGGAAAUCAAAAUCAGGUUAUUUAAAUAAUUUUUAUCUCUUAUCUGAUUGCCAAGUGUUUUUGCAAUGUAUUCUUUUUUUCCCUUGACUUUUUUUCAUUCUGGCUUCUAACAUUUUAUGUUUUGGCAAUGUAUUCUUAAUGAGAGAUAUGGUACAUACAUUCUUGUCUACUUUCUUUUAACAAAGUAUACAUUUGUGAUAUUACGAACCAUUUGUAUUUUACUUUUAGAAACACGUAAGAGUGCCAGAUAAAAUUCUUAAGAAAUCAAAGUGAUGUUAUUGUUAAACAUUUUAUUUUAUUUAAAUCUUUGGGCAAAAUCAUAUAGAGAUAAAAUGUUAAUAUAUUAUAAUGUAAAUUAAGCAAUCUAAUGUAUUUAAUUAUUUUUAAUCACAAUAACCGUAACAGGAGGGAAGAGCCACGCAAAUUGUCUAUUUUUAUUUUGCCACUGACGAAUUGUAUGACCUUGACUUUAUCCUUAAUCUCCUCUAAUGAUGGAACAUAACACUAAAUACUUACCUACCUCACAGAAAUACUGUGAGUAUAGAAGAUCAGACAGCACUUUAUUAACUCAAAUAGCGUUAUUUAAAAUUUCAAUAUGUUUGAGAAUGAAAAUUUGAGACCAAAGUCAUUUGCUAGUUUAAAAAAAAAGACAAUCUGUUAAUAAUUUGCAAUGUAAUAAUGUUGAGAUAGUUCUUUCUCUAAAAUAUAUGUGCCAUUAAAAUAUAUUUAGAAAUCAGGAUUAUUCUACCAGAGAGAAUGUAAACUUUAAAGAAAACUAUAGGCCAAUCAUAUUCACUCCAUAGAGAAAUGAAAGUUUUAUAUAUAGGAUAUAAAACAGUAUAAAUGUAUAUUCAUUUAUUUAGUUGCUUAUUAUGGAGUCAUUUUCUCUCUAGACCAAUGGUUCUCAGUGGGGCAAUUUUGUACCUCAAGGGACAUUUGGAAGUAUCUGGGUACAUUUUUGGUUGUCACAGCUAGUGAGACGGUGCUAGUAGAUAGGAUUCAGGGAUGCUGCUAAACUUCCUGUGAUGCAUAGGGCAGCCCCUCUUCUCCACAACAAAAAAAUGGUCCUGCCCUCAAAAUCGAUAGUGGUGAAUCUGAGAAAUUUGAGAAUCUGAGAAAUUCUACCCUAGGAGGUAAGGUUGCAAUCUAGAUUGUCCAGAAGUCACACACCCUGGUUAUGUUCCUUUAAGGAGAUUGCCAUGACUCUUCUGUCUGAUCUUUCUCAUCUACAGAUGUAGAGUAAAUGUCGCUAGCAUAUGGAAUAUUACGAUGCAGAACAAUGACCAUGUAUGUCCACAGCAUUUAAAAAAUAUUAAGGACUAUAGAAUUGUGAAUAAUUAUGAAAACAACUUUUAAGAGGGUUUUGUUUCCCAUUGUGAUUUCCAACAUUAAGACACAUUGGAAUGAAGGAAAUAUUAAGUAUACGAAUAUGAAGAUUUCACAAUAUUGUUUUAAUUAUAAAUACCCUAGAAAGUAUAGUUUAUUGUUAACAGCUGAGUGUCUGUCCAUGAUGUAGAUACAGGGGUCAGGGAUGGAAGCUGAGAUGGGGGAAGUUACUCUCUGUUCUUAUGGGAAAUUCUGCGUUUUUUCCAAUAACAAUAGUUGAUACUAAGUCAACUGAGUACAUGAUCAUUUUUAGUUACUAAAAAUUCACAGUAAAAUUUACUUUUACAUUUAAGUUGUGUGCCCAUUGUUUGUGAAAAAAAAUGAAGAGACUUGAACAUAUACUGUAAAACAUGGUUGUAUUUCUAAUUUUUCAACUUGCUAAAUAAACUCUCUACAAGUGUC